GGAUUUUGUAGUUUAUAAUCAUAAGGCAAUGGGUCACUGAAUUAAAUUUGAAGAUGACAACAGGAAGUGAGGUAUUGAGAUACCAGUUGUGUAGUAAGAAUGUUCUGGCGCCAGAUGAGACAGAGCUGUAUGAGUUAACACAGUUAGCAGGCGUUGUUACAGAUCCUCAAGUUUUCAAAAUUAUACUAGAUUUAUUAAAAUUAAAUGUAGCUCCUGCAGCCAUUUUGCACAUGAUCAAAUCUAUGAGUGGGCCAACCAGACGGACAAAAACGGCUUCAGGCAAACCUCAAGCAGCCAAACCAGAAUCUUCAAACAUUCCUUCUCACAAACAUAGACAACCCCCUGCCAGAUCUAGAGAUGUAAGAAAAUGAGCUUCAACUAGGACUCACCUGUGCAUUUGAAAUUAAAUGGAUUUAUGUGACUCGAUGACAAUACUGUAAUUAUAAUUGAGGGAUGAUGUGUUACUGCUUUUCUCAACUUUCCAAAAAUUCACAUAGAUAAAAAGUGUUUUCAGCUUUGUUCAUCUUUCAAUUUUUACUCAUUGGUUGUGAGAUACACAAUCGUUAUCAGAGCUUAUCUAUGAAAAUUACUUUUAAAAGAUCCAUUUUAAUGCUUUGAUCUAAAUGCAAUAAAGCCAGUGCUACAUAUCGUGGGUGACCGCUUAAAACCUCGUAUAUACCAUAUUUUUGGUAAUGUUCGAAAGCUCAUAAAGUGCAGAUCUUGUGAUCAAAACCUCGUAAUUUUAACUUGAUUGUAAAUAACCCAAAAACCACUAAUUAAAUAACACGUAAAUAAACGGUCAGAUUUAAAACCUCCUCAAAUAUAAUAUUAUACGAGGUUCAAUGUUCCUUUUUCUGCAGAUGAAAACGAAAAACCUUGUUAAAUAUAAUAUACGAGUUACUGGUUCGGUAUAUAUGUUAUAUGAGGUUUAAAUUUUCAAAGAAUGAAAACCAUGUAUAGCGGG